AAAACCGGGAAGCCGAAAAGCUCGGAGGACACUAAUAAAAGAAAACGGAGCCCAUUGGACCAUCGAACUCAGGAGAGUGUAUAAUCUCCGACAUGGCACCGAAUGUAAGAUCGGUCAUCGCGCAGGUACAUCAAAAAUCGAGAGCGAUGGGGUCUCGCCGCAAUUUCUGUUCACAUCCAGAUCAUCCAGCUCUGAACAGAUUCACUGGAACGAGGCUUUGGCCGUGGUUGUUAACUCAUGGUCUAGGAUUAGCUGCGGGAUAUGGCUUAGGUUCUCUUAUAUUUGGUUAUUUUACAUCUAAGAGUGAACUUGAAAAGAAGAAGCAAGAGUUAAUCGCUCAGUAUGAGCAACACUUCCAGCAGCAGGAAAAGCUCUGCUCUGAUUUGGCUGCGUCUAAUCCCAAAUCCUAAUUAUCUUGAAGCAAGCUUGUAUCCGGUCAUUGUGGAGUAGCCUCUUAAUCAGACACUAAAUUAAGGAAUUAGUUACUUCUGCUAUAGUGUGUGUAAAACUUGUGGCACAUGAUAUAUGUUAUUGCAGUCUUUGUCUAAACUGAAAACUUUUUCAUUGAGACCUGUGUUGAGAAAGGUUAACCUUCUGUACCUUGGAUAAAGGUUAACCUUGGCGGAUAUGUAUCUUCUUUUCAGCUUCAGGGUCCUUGUUACCCUGAAAUAUUUCCUAGUGUGAAUGAUCAAGCCUUGUUUCA